AAGGUUGCAGAACUGUCCCCCUGGCUGGACACGUGGGGUUUGACAGCUUGCCUGACCAGCUGGUGAAUAAGUCAGUGAGCCAGGGCUUCUGCUUCAACAUCCUGUGUGUGGGAGAGACAGGCUUGGGCAAAUCCACGCUGAUGGAUACCCUGUUCAACACCAAGUUUGAGGGUGAACCAGCAACGCACACACAGCCUGGCGUCCAGCUUUGUGCCAAUACCUAUGAUCUUCAAGAGAGCAACGUGGGGCUAAAGCUCACCAUUGUUAGCACGGUGGGCUUUGGGGACCAGAUCAACAAAGAGGACAGCUACAAGCCUAUUGUGGAAUUUAUCGAUGCCCAAUUUGAGGCGUACCUGCAGGAGGAACUGAAGAUCCGCAGGGUCCUGCAUUCCUACCAUGACUCUCGCAUCCACGCCUGCCUGUACUUCAUCGCCCCCACUGGUCAUUCCCUGAAAUCCCUGGACCUGGUGACCAUGAAGAAGCUGGAUAGUAAAGUGAAUAUCAUCCCCAUCAUUGCCAAAUCAGAUGCCAUUUCUAAGAGUGAACUAACCAAGUUCAAAAUUAAAAUCACCAGCGAGCUCGUCAGCAACGGGGUCCAGAUCUAUCAGUUCCCUACAGAUGAUGAAUCGGUGGCAGAGAUCAAUGGAACCAUGAAUGCCCACCUGCCAUUUGCUGUCAUCGGCAGCACCGAAGAACUGAAGAUAGGAAACAAGAUGAUGAAGGCACGGCAGUACCCAUGGGGCACAGUCCAGGUGGAAAACGAAGCCCACUGUGAUUUUGUGAAACUGCGCGAGAUGCUGAUUCGAGUGAAUAUGGAAGACCUGCGGGAGCAGACGCACAGCCGGCACUAUGAGCUGUACCGCCGCUGUAAGCUGGAGGAAAUGGGGUUCAAGGACACAGAUCCUGACAGCAAACCCUUCAGUUUACAGGAGACAUAUGAAGCCAAAAGGAAUGAGUUCCUGGGGGAACUGCAGAAAAAGGAAGAAGAGAUGAGACAGAUGUUUGUGCAGAGAGUCAAAGAGAAAGAAGCUGAACUCAAGGAGGCAGAGAAAGAGCUGCACGAGAAGUUUGACCGUCUGAAGAAACUCCACCAGGAUGAGAAAAAGAAGUUAGAGGACAAGAAGAAGUCGCUGGACGAUGAAGUCAAUGCUUUCAAGCAGCGAAAGACAGCGGCUGAGCUGCUCCAGUCCCAGGGGUCCCAAGCUGGAGGCUCCCAGACUCUGAAAAGAGACAAAGAGAAGAAAAACUUUUUUUAAUCUUGUCUUCAGCAGCUGCACUAAGUCUAAAGGAGAAGACUGCCAUUCUAGAAGAGUUAGGCUUCCAUAUUGUCUCAAACCAGACCCACCAGUUUCCUCUCCCUCCAACUGUGUGCAGACACCCAUAAAACACCACACACAAGCGUUCAUGUGUCACUUUGUCCAGGCAAGAAGCUCUCUUCUGACUUACAUAGUCUUUUACAUGGAAUUGUCUUGUCCUCACCUACCAAGGCAGAGUUGGAGGAAUGGACCCAAUGUCACCUCAAAGAGCCCAUGGCAGGAACGACUCAGCCUGGGGCAGGAUACCUCAGCUGUGGGUGCCAAAAUGCUGGUCACAGGUUUGGCUUUGAGAUUUUUGGUGUUGUGUUGCUGUUGUUGUUGUUUUUCUGUUUUCAACCACCAUGGGUUGCUGCUUUCCAGUCCCUCUCAACACAUAUUCUCAAUGAACAUGGAGAAAUCCCAGCGACAUUCAGGUCUGUUUCAACCACCCCAGAUCUGCCGAACCCCAGCAAGGGGGGAAAUGGAUCCAUCCACUAGCUUAACCUCAGGGGGAGGCUGUGAAAGGGUCAUGGGGAAUCAGCCUGGUGAGAGCCAGAUUCCUCCAGUCGCUCUUCCAAGGCCAGCUGGGGUUUGAAGAGAGGUUUCUGCUUCCCCUGGGGAUCUGGAAGGAGAACUUCGAGCUGUUGAUCACUCGGCCUUGACUCCACUGGGCUGCACUGGUGUCAAGACUCCACCUGAGUGUGCUCCUUCCUGCUGCUCCCUUUAAGCGUUGCACUGUCCUCAUCCUUGAGAGAGCCUCUUUGCAUGUGUUCUUGAAAUUUGUGUGUGUUUUCUCCCUCUCUCCUUUGUUCUUUUUCUUUUCCUCAAAGGUGUAACCAGUUCACAGCCCAUUGGGGCUUUCAUUCACCAGGAGAAGCAUCCAGAAACCAGCACUGUUGAGCUUGAGACCUUUCUAAUGUCUGUGUCAAUUUUCAAUAAAACUCAAAAGAAAUCCUC